GCGCACACACCCGCGCGCGCACCCGCGCGCAGAGUCGGACCGCGGCAGCCGCAGCAGACGCUCGGCGCUGCUCUCAGUGUGCGGAGCGGAGGAGGCAGAGCGCAGACUGUAGUGAUGCCUCAGCUCCAGGAAUACACCGCCGCUCUCCUCCCGCCUGUCUUCGCCUCCCAGCUUCACUUUUUCUGGGCUUUUGACUCUCUGGCUGCCGGAGAAGAGGAGCAGCGACGCCAGCCGUGCGUUAUGGCGCGCCUUUGCGCAUUAUCCCCGGAGCUUUAAAAAAGUGAUGAUUUUUCCUUGUUUUUGAUUGUGGGCAACAGUGAAGCAGCCCAAUAUGUGAGGGGGGAUGAGAGGGCGCGUCUCACAACCCGAGUCUCCCUCUACAUCUGUGGCUGCGGACGGUGGAGAUCCGCGUCAAGGCGCUGAAUAAACCGGAGCCGUCUGGAAGAAGGGAAGGAGGUUGCAGUAAGCGGCUUUUUCCCCUCACACCAGAGCUUCUGACAAUGUGCCAAGUCCAUCAGAUACGCAGGAUUUUGAUGCUUUUCCCAUUUUUCUUUGCAUGAACUGAUUUUUUUUGUACUUUCUUUGAAGGAUUUUCUUCACUUUUCUUUUAUUCUUCAAAGUCUAAGGAGUGCUUCAGGUUUUUUUGUGCGCCAUGGUCCAAUUUUGAGAGCAGCACCGGCAGUGUGCCUGAUCUGUGCGCGCCUAUGUGUUUGUGUUGGUGCGCGUGAGAGGCUUUUGCUUUCCCCUCUCUCUCCCCUCCUCCUCCCUCCAUCAGAUGCUCCUGCUGCUAAUUUAAAUGCUGGAUCUAUAUUUCAGCGGCUCUUUUUGGCUGUAAAAAUGCUGAGCGGCGUCCUCUUUCUGAGCGUCCUCACGGUCACCAGCCUGACACCGUCCGAAACGGAGAGCCGCAAAACUUCCGCCUUCAAAGACAUCUGCAAGAUGCGCUGCGUCUGCGACGAACGGGAGAGCAUCAUGAACAUCAACUGUGAGAGUAAAGGAUUUACCACCGUCAACACGUUCCAGGCGCCCCCGAAUAAGGUCUCCCAGCUCUUUUUGAAUGGGAACUUUCUGUCACGGCUGGGCGCCAACGAGUUUGUCAAUUAUGGCAAUGUCACCUCGCUGCAUUUGGGGAAUAACGGCCUGCAGGAGAUCAGAACUGGAGCUUUUAACGGCCUCCGCUCUCUGAAGCGGCUUCACUUGAACAACAAUAACCUGGAGGUGAUCAAAGAGGACACGUUCGCUGGCCUGGAGAGUUUGGAAUAUUUACAAGCAGAUUAUAAUUACAUCAGCGUCAUAGAGCCGGGCGCUUUCAGUAAAAUGAACAAGCUCAAAGUGUUGAUCCUCAAUGACAACCUGCUGCUGUCUUUGCCUCCCAACAUUUUCCGCUUCGUGCUCCUCACCCACUUGGAUUUACGUGGCAACCGGCUGAAGAUGCUGCCGUUUGCAGGGGUGCUGGAGCACAUAGGCGGCAUCAUGGAGAUCCAGCUGGAGGAGAACCCGUGGAACUGCACCUGCGACCUGAUUCCCCUCAAAUCCUGGCUGGACACCAUCUCCGUCUUCGUGGGGGACAUUGUGUGCGAGACGCCGUUCAGGCUCCAUGGCAAGGACAUCACUCAGCUCAUAAAGCAGGACCUGUGUCCCCGCAGGAAUGCAGGGGAGCGCGUCCAGCCCCCCUCUGACUCUCACUUUCAGGGGGCUCUGCAUCCUACCCAUCGGACUGGAGAAAUCCCCCCGACUCGGGCCCCCAAAGCCUCCCGCCCACCUAAGAUGCGUCACAGACCCACCCCUCGCAUAUCAAAGGACAGACAUGUUUUUGGGCCUAUUAUGGUUUACCAAACACGCUCCCCCGUCCCGAUGCUGUGUCCCAGCGUGUGUGUUUGCACGUCUCAGAACCCCGAUAGUGGGCUAAAUAUCAACUGUCAGGAAAGGAAGCUGCAGAACAUUAGUGAGCUGAACCCCAAGCCCACCUACCCAAAGAAGCUCUACCUGACGGGGAACUACCUGCAGGUGAUUUACAGAACAGACUUGACUGAGUACAGCUCUCUGGAGCUGCUGCAUCUAGGGAACAACCGCAUCGCAGUCAUCCAGGAAGGCGCAUUUGAGAACCUCACAAAUCUCCGACGUCUUUAUCUGAAUGGAAAUUACAUCGAAUCCCUGUCUCAGACUCUGUUCGCCGGACUACAGUCCCUCCAGUACCUGUAUUUGGAAUACAACAUCAUCAAAGAGGUUUGGCCUCAAACCUUCAACUCUCUCCACAACCUUCAGCUGCUUUUCCUGAACAACAACCUGCUGAGGGCGCUCCCCGACAACGUCUUCGGGGGCACCAUGUUGACCCGCCUCAACCUGAGGAACAAUCACUUCUCCUACCUCCCCGUCCAGGGCGUGCUGGACCAGCUGUCGGCGUUCAUCCAGAUCGACCUGCAGGAGAACCCCUGGGAUUGCACCUGUGACAUCGUGGCGCUGAAGAACUGGAUGGAGCUGUCCAGCACCAGCGUGGUGGUCAACGAAAUCACCUGCGAUUCGCCCUCCAAACACGCAGGGCGCCUUCUGCGCUCGCUGCGCAACGAGGCCAUCUGCCCCGAGCCCAGUGAGGUGCCUCCACCCCAACAUGCACCCCCUACAAAACCCCCUACAGUAAUCAGUCCAGGCACUGAGGCCACCCCAUCUCCCAUCUAUUCUUCUGCUUCCUCCUCUCCCUCUUCUUCUUCUUCUCCGUCUUCUUCUUCUCCUUCCUUUAGUCCUGUCAGCCCCACUCAGUCCCGCAUUCAGACUCCAGAGCUGCACCCCGAGGUGCCCCUCUCCGUCCUCAUUCUGGGCCUUCUCGUUGUUUUUAUUCUGUCUGUGUGCUUCGGCGCGGGCCUCUUUGUUUUUGUUCUGAAACGGCGCAAAGGGGUGGAGCACGUCCCCACGGGCACCAACAACUUGGAUCUCAACUCGUUCCAAGUGCAGUAUGGGUCCUACACCCCAGAGGGAACCCAAGACAAGAGCUCCGAGAGCCACGUCUACAACUACAUCCCCCCGCCCAUGAGCUCCAUGUGCCAAAACCCCAUUUACAUGCAGAAAGAUGGUGAACAGGUGGCGUAUUACCGCAACCUGAAGGAGCUCAGCUUCGGGCCUCUGGACGCAAAGAAGGAGGACAUCUUGACUCGCAGCCCAGGGGCUUACACCAUCAACACCGUGGAUUUUAUGGAUAAGUCCCCAACCUUGUGCGGCUUUGCCACCCCGGAGCCUCACGAGGGGCUGUACCAAAACAUUGGGGAGAGGCCCAACAAGGAGCUUCCCACGGCCACCCCUCCUUUCACUUACAACUUUUGCACGUUGCCCAAGAGACCCUGCAUCGUGCCCCCUUAUGAGGCCGCCACCGCCCGGCGGCACAUCACCAACCAGGACAGGCUGAACAAAGCCGUGCUGUACGGGACCCCAAGGAAAUACUUUGUGCCGGAACAUCCUUCCAAAAACAACGAGCACCCUUCACUGCUGCUCCCUGGGAAGCUAAAAACGGAACCGGACUACCUGGAGGUUCUGGAGAAACAGACUGCAAUGAGCCAACUGUAGGACAGUCACGGUGGUCCCCGGCCCGGUUUGAGCAGCGAUCAUAAUAACCACACUGUUACUGUAACAAUAGUCCUCUUCAUAUAUCUAUCUAAUCUAUCUGUGUUCAAUCCCACUUGAUGGACUUGAAGUGAACCAGAGCCUUUGAUGAGUUUUUUCCACCUUUUCCUUCAUUUGUUUCAUUUCAAGAUGUAUAAAAAGGAAUAUAAAAAAAAUAUAUUACUACGCAGUUCUAUUUUUUCCGCCAAGAAAGUAUAAAUUAUUUCUUCUUUUUUUCUUUAAAAAAAGAUUUUAAAAGACUUUGAUGACGGCAGGUAUGUAAUGGGCAAGACUGUGUACACAUAUGGCUGCGUGGAGGAAAUGAACUUGUAUUUGAAUUCUUUGCAGAGGAGGAUUGACAUUCCUGUAUAUACUAGUCCACAGGUGAGUGUCAAAACAUGAAAUCUCCUUCAAAAUCCCAGAAAAAAGCGGCAAAUCUUAUUCUAGCUAUCCAGAAAGUGCCUUUGCACUCCACUAUUUCAUCAAUAAUGCCCUCUGCAAAUGGAUUUGUUUUCUUUUUUUUUAAGGUGAUGUAUUUUAAUGGAUUGAAACUUUAUGUAAAAUAUGUCUGUUUAAAAGGCAAAAAAAUGAACUUUAAGUCCGGGUGUGAAAUGAUCUAUUAGUUAUCGAUGGAGAGAACUAUGUUAUUUUGCUUUGAUGAUCAAGUGUCUUUGCAAAUGUACAACUUACAGAGAACAUUGUAUGCUAUAGGGGAGCAAUACAGUGUGGCAAGAUUGCGCCAUUAAAUUUUCACUGAAGCACUUUGUCAAGA